AUGGAAGGGGAGGGUAGUUCGGAGGGAGAGAGUGAUCGGAAAAGGGGUGGUGGCAGCGAUGAUAAUAACAAUAACGGUGAGAGUAAUAGCAAGAUUGCUGUUUCCAAUGAAGGUCAGAGCAAGCCUAAGCGACAGAUGAAGACGCCGUUUCAGCUUGAAACCCUUGAGAAAGCUUAUGCAUUGGAUAAUUACCCUUCGGAGCCUGUGAGGGUUGACUUGUCUGAGAAAUUGGGGUUAACGGAUCGGCAGCUGCAGAUGUGGUUUUGCCACAGGAGAUUGAAGGAUAAGAAGGAGGCGUCGGCUCCCAAGAAGGAGGUGUCGGCUCCCAAGAAGGAGGUGUCAGCUCCCAAGAAGGGGCCUGGGCCUGGGCCAGGGCCAGUGUCUCGUAAGCCAGCGGUCGAGCCUUUGCCGGAUUCCCCGGUGGAUGAUCUUAGGUUAGGUUCCGAUCAUGGUAAUGGGUAUGGAUCAGGGUCGGGUUCAGGUUCGAGUCCGUACACCCGGUUGGAGCCUCGGAAUGCAAUCCCUGUCAGUGUUGGUUACUAUGAGUCCCCACAGGCUGAAAUGGAGCUUAGAGCAAUUGCUUGUGUGGAGGAUCAGUUAGGUGAACCAUUGAGGGAAGAUGGGCCCAUUCUAGGAAUAGAGUUUGAUCAAUUGCCACCAGAUGCAUUUGGAGCACCUAUAGCAGUUACAGAACACCAGAAGAGACCUCGUCUUGCCUAUGACAGUAAAAUAUAUGGAAGACAUGAAGUUAAAACAAACAAGGCUAUGGCAAGGACUUUUCCGGAAUAUCAAUAUUCACCAAACCAGUCCGGUGCUAGAUCUGAUGCUUUUGGACAGUUCAGCCAAUCUCAUUUACAUGUUCCAAAGGAGGGUCCAUCCAAAAAGCCUCAGUCUGUGCUUGGUAAUGAACGGCUACCUAGAAUUCAUGGCAUCAAGGGUCAUUCUUCUCGCGUCUCCCAACAAGACAAGCAAGGGAGUCCCUUCCAAUCUCCUCCUCCGGAUAAUGUUACCCCCUCACGGGAAUUGUACACAAGUACGGGUAAAGUUGGAAUAAACUCCCACCUCACUGAUAGCCAAACUGUUGGGCUGGAAAAUACCUAUGCUUCACCUAGUGGACAAACUUUGCAAAACAAUGCAAUGCAUAUCGAUAGGAAACGAAAGGGUGAUGAUGCCAAAAUUACAAGGGAUGUUGACUCAAAUGAUAUGAGAAUCCGGAAAGAGCUCGAAAAGCAAGAAAACCUCAGACGAAAGAAUGAGGAGCGGAUAAAAAAAGAAAUGGAGAGACAAGAUCGUGAAAGAAGAAAGGAAGAAGAGAGAUUGAUGCGUGAGAGACUGCGUGAAGAGGAAAGAACAAAACGAGAGGAAAAACGUGAAAGUGAACGAAGGGAAAAGUAUUUGCUGAGAGAAAAUUUAAAAGCUGAGAGAAUGAGGCAAAAAGAAGAGCUUCGGAAAGAGAAAGAUGAAGAAAGAAGGAAAGCUGCCCUAGAGAAGGCAACUGCCCGUAAAAUAGCUAGGGAAUCCAUGGAACUUAUUGAGGAUGAACAGCUGGAAAUGAUGGAGUUAGCUGCCUCAAGCAAGGGGCUUUCCUCUAUUGUCCGUCUUGAUUUCGAUACUUUGCAAAACAUUGAAUCAUUUAGGGGUUCAUUGUGUCUUUUCCCACCUGAGAGUGUAAAGCUAAGAAAACCAUUUGCUAUCCAACCGUGGAUCAAUUCAGAAGAAAAUAUUGGCAACCUUCUCAUGGUUUGGAGGUUUUUGAUUACCUUUGCUGAUGUUUUGGAGUUAUGGCCUUUUACUCUUGAUGAGUUCGUGCAAGCAUUUCAUGAUUAUGAUUCAAGAUUGUUGGGUGAGAUACAUGUUUCUCUCCUUAAGGUGAUAAUGAAAGACAUUGAAGAUGUUGCAAGGACACCUUCAGGAUUAGGAAUGAAUCAGAAUGGUGCUGCUAAUUCUGGAGGCGGCCAUCCAGAGAUUGUGGAAGGGGCAUAUGCUUGGGGCUUUGACAUAAGGAAUUGGCAUAAGCACUUAAAUCAAUUGACAUGGCCAGAAAUUUUCCGACAGCUAGCAUUAUCUGCAGGAUAUGGACCACAGUUUAAGAAAAGCAGUAUUCCAUCUUCACGUGCAAAUAAUAAAAAUGAGGGAAGAAGUUGUGAAGAUGUCGUGUCUGCACUUCGUAAUGGUUCAGCAGCUGUAAAUGCCGUGGCAAAAAUGCAGGAGAGAGGUCUAUUAGGUCCUCGGAGAUCUAGGCAUCGGUUAACUCCUGGAACAGUUAAAUUUGCAGCAUUUCAUGUUCUCUCACUAGAGGAUGGUGAGGGAUUGAAUGUAAUAGAGCUUGCCGAAAAAAUUCAGAAAUCUGGUCUUCGGGACCUGACGACCAGCAAGACACCCGAGGCAUCAAUUUCUGUUGCUUUGACAAGAGAUGCCAAGCUUUUUGAAAGAGUAGCCCCAUCAACUUAUUGUGUACGUGCUGCAUUUAGGAAGGAUCCUGCUGAUGCUGAGUCCAUUCUUUCUGAAGCAAGAAAGAAAAUUCAGAUAUUUGAAAAUGGGUUUCUAGCUGAAGAAGAUGCUGAUGAUGUUGAAAGAGAAGAGUCAGAAAGUGAAGUUGACGAGGAUCCUGAAGUUGAUGAUUUGGUUAAUCCUUCAAGUGUUCACAAAACAUCUGAACUGUUUAAUGAUUUCUCAUCAAAUGGAAAAGAAAAUCAAGGUCAUGAUGGAAAACUUAAAGAGGAGUUCGAUAAGGAUCUACCUUGUUUUCCUGACAAUGGUUCCAAGAAUGCUGAUUAUCCAAGUGCUGUUUCUGGACAACCUGUUGCUUGUGAAAAUCUAAGUGCCAGAAAUCUAGGCGAAGAUAAUAUGGAAAUUGACGAAAGUAAGUCUGGAGAGUCAUGGAUUCAAGGGCUCACUGAAGGAGAAUAUUCUGAUCUCAGUGUAGAAGAGCGAUUAAAUGCUCUUGUUGUAUUGGUUGGUGUGGCAAAUGAAGGAAAUUCAAUCCGCGUUGUUCUCGAGGAUCGAUUGGAAGCAGCAAAUGCUCUGAAGAAGCAAAUGUUGGCAGAGGCACACAUUGAUAAAGCUCGCGUGAAAGAUGAUAAUGUCAAUAAGUCAGAUUUUCCUACUAUCAAUGGUAUCAAGGUUGAAACACAGCUCACGUGUGCUGCUGUGGAGAGCAAUCCAAGCCCAUUGCUUGAUAUUAAUGUUUGCAAUAAUAAUAAUAAUGAUGAUUCUCCUAGCAAAUCAGAAAAUAAAAGACUAGUUCUUGUUGGACAAAGCCUGCCUGAAAAGCUCUCAUCAGGUCAAGAUCUCUGCAUAGGUCCUGAUAAUCCCCAGACUAUGUUAUCUGCACAAUAUUCAAAACGGUCACGAUCUCAGUUAAAAUCUUAUAUUUCCCACAUAGCAGAAGAGAUGUACAUCUAUAGGUCCUUACCCCUUGGGCAAGACCGUAGACAUAAUCGAUAUUGGCAAUUUGUUGCAUCUGCUUCUUGCAAUGAUCCUGGCUCGGGCAGGAUCUUUGUUGAAUAUCAUGAUGGCAGAUGGAGGCUUAUUGAUUCCGAAGAGGCCUUUGACACACUUCUGAAUUCACUGGAUUCACGUGGGAUCAGGGAAUCUCAUUUGCAUCUAAUGUUGCUAAAGAUUGAGAAUACAUUUAAGGAAAAUGUUCAAAAGAAUGCAAAAUGUGCCAAAAUUGGAAACACAAACGAAAUACGUGUUAAAAAUGAAGCCGAUGAAACAGAUUCCAGUCCUGAUCACCAUACUAGUUCUGACAGUCCUAGCAGUACUCUUUGCGGCUUGAGCUCUGAUACUUCAGAAACUUCGUCAUCCUUCAGAAUUGAGCUUGGGAAAAGUGAGUGCGACAAGAAAGCUGCCUUGAGAAGGUAUCAAGAUGUUCAAAAAUGGAUGUGGAAAGAAUGCUAUAACCCAUCAAUAUUAUGUGCAACAAAAUAUGGAAAAAAGAGAUGCAAACCUCAGGUUGACAUAUGUGAUAUCUGUCUCAACCUUUAUUGCUUGGAAGACUCUCAUUGCAGUCAUUGCCACCUUACUUUUCCGUCAAAUGAUGGCUUAAAUUUUUCUAAGCAUGCAAUUCAAUGUGGAGACAAGUUGCCCAAAGAUAUUUGUAUUUCGGAAUCUCCUCUUCCAUUGCGAACCAGGUUGCUUAAGGCUCUGCUGGCUUUUAUUGAGGUAUCUGUUCCACCUGAAGCAUUUCAAUCAAUUUGGACUGAGGAUAUUAGAAGGCUUUGGGGUGUGAAGUUGAACAGAUCAUCUUCCGCCGAAGAACUUCUACAGAUAUUGACUCUAUUUGAGAGAGCACUAAAGCGAGACUUUUUAUCAUCACCUUUUGCUACAACUGGGGAUUUGUUGGGGAUGAACACUAUGUGGGAGAGUACUGCACUUACUUCUAUGGAUCUCAAGUCAGUUACUGUUCUUCCAUGGGUUCCACGGACCACUUCAGCUGUGUCUCUCAGACUUUUUGAGUUUGACACAUCAAUCACCUAUGUAAAGCUUGAGAAACCUGAGUCCUAUCAGGAGAAAGAAGCUAGAUACAUAAAGCUUCCUUCAAGAUAUGCCUCUGUUAAAUCUACUAAAGCGGCUGAACCAUCAUAUAUGGACUGUGAUGAAUUCAUGAAAGUGAAGUCUGCCCCUAUGAAAAUUGCGCGAAGCAGCAAAAAACGGGCACGAGUGAAUCAUGACAAAGGAAGAGCUAAAAAGUUGUCUAAAAGAACAAAUGAUUCCAAACGAGAUAAUGGCCGCUUCAGUUUGCAGGUUACUGAGAAUCUAAGUCAAAGAAUAAAUCAGUUUGGACAAGGAUCACAAGGGCAUGCAGGUGGACGUGGCCCCCGGACAGUUAGAAAAAGGAGAGAGGAGAAUAGGGUUGUUGAUGAUUUGUUGCUGAGCGAUAGGGCUGCCAUUAAUAGCUCCAAUUUUAGUAGAGAACCAUUGAGAAUCAUGGAUGAGGACUGGAGUGAUGAGAAGGCAAGUCCCGUACCGAGGGAAGCUGCUGACACGAGUAGCAGCAGUGAAGAGGAUGAAUAUGAUGACAACACCCAGGCAAUGGAAUCUGAUGACAAUGCGGAAGCAGUUGAGUACGGUCAAGGAAACUGGGAGAUAGGUUUUAAUGGUACCCCCAACAGAUGGAAUAGGGAUUUGGUUGGAAUGAGUGAUGAAGAACGACACUUGGAGGCUUCCGAAGAUGACAAUGACAAUGGCAUUGAAGGGAAUGAAGAGGAGGAGGAGGAGGAGGAAGAAGAGGAUUCUGAAGCAGAUGUUAUUAUGAGUGAUGGUUCAGAUGGAAUGGCAAAUAGAGUUGUAAAUGAAGAAAGCUCAGACUCGAGUGACUCGGAAGAUUAUUCUGAUUAG